AUGAAACUUCAGCUCUAUUUCAGUCUGACUAUCAGUCAGCAGCGAGACAGCAUGGAGGUCACAGCUCUCUGCUUCAGACUGCCACUGAAGAUACACAAUUAUUUUACAUUUAUUUUUGCCUCAGAUAUUAUUUGUCUUGAUAUUCAUAAACCAGAUAUUUGCAGAGAUGUAUGUUUCAUUUUCUAUGUUCCAGAUGCAGAUUUCCGUAUUGUUCCAGACAAACUGCAGGUCUUUGAACAUGAGUCCGUCUCUUUUCACUGUGAGGGUCUUGAUGGCUCUGCUCAGUUGAGAGGAAUCAGAAAUACUGUGCAGUUUAUUUCAGCAUGUGAUCAGAGAACACCGGUACUAUCCUGCAGGAUCCCAAGAGCCUUUCAUGGAGACGCUGGAGAGUACUGGUGUGAGACUGAAGGAGGAGAGAGGAGCAGCAGCGUCAACAUCGCUGUCACUGCAGGUUCUGUGAUCCUGGAGAGUCCUGUCCUGCCUGUGAAAGAAGGAAACGAUGUGACUCUUAGCUGCAGCAAGAAGGCGACUUCGUCUGACCUCCCAGCUGAUUUCUACAAAGAUGGCCUCCUCAUCAUCAGCAGCUCUACAGGAGAGUUCACCAUCUGGGGUGUUUCUAAAUCUGAUGAAGGACUCUACAAGUGCAGCAUCUCUGAUGGUGGAGAGUCAGCAGAGAGCUGGCUGGCUGUCAGAGCUCUUCACAGAGAGACUUGUCCCUCCUGGGAUCACUCCAUUUAUCUCCUCCUCCUCUUGAGGACGGUGUUCACCAUAGUGAUGGUGGCUCUGCUGCUGCUGCUGGUGGGACUGCUUCACUGUGGGAAACUCACAGUUACACAGAAAUGUACUCAUGCAAACAGGUGAAAGGUAAUCUGAGCAGAGAACAUCCCAUCACACUUAGAAAACAUCUUCUCAUCAAGAUCUGUUUUUACAUCUUUUAUCAUCUGUUUGUACUUUGACUUUUGUUUAAGUUGUGUUUUUAACUGGAAGUUGUCAAACCUCUGUGUUACGUGUUCACACUUGCAGUGGCUGUUUCUGUCUCACUUUCUCACUCAGUAAAGGUUACAAACCACAGAUGUUCUGACUGAUGGCUGAGCUAUUUUAAAAAGGCGAGUUGUCAUUUAUCAUCGUCAUAUUUAAUUUGUUCUAUGUUUUAUUUUAGACUCUCUAGAUGCUGGUGAUAAUUUGAGCUUCUCAGACUAAAACCACAUG